AUGGUGGCGCGGGCGCUGUGGGCGCUGCUGGCGGCGCUGCGGGCGGGCUGGUGCCUCCUGCCGCAGAGCGGGUACCUGCACCCGGACGAGUUCUUCCAGGCACCCGAGGUGAUGGCAGGGGAUAUUUUAAACCUACAGGUCUAUUAUCCAUGGGAGUUCCUUUCCAGCUCGCCUUGCAGAACAGUUGUUUUCCCAUUAAUGACAUCAGGAAUUACUUACUGGGCGAUCAAGUCUUUGCAGCAGUGGGACAUAUGUUCAAGUUGCAUCAACAGCUACACUCUCCUUGUAUCUCCUCGCCUGCUCUUUACAAUCUUUUCUUUCAUACUCGACUAUAGUGUUUAUCAGUUGGCCCCUUUCUGGGGAGCAGAUCCAUGGAAAGCACUGGUACUUCUUGCUGGAUCCUAUGUCACGCUGGUGUUUUAUACAAGAACGUUUACCAACACACUUGAAGGACUUCUCUUUGCUCUUCUCAUGGUACUGGUUUCUUCAAGAAAGUCCAGUGGAAGCUCAACAGAGCCUACAAACAGUUCUCUCAUAGGUGUCAUAACAACUGCUGGGUUUUUCAACAGGCCAACCUUUCUGGCAUUUGCUCUAAUGCCCCUGCUCUACUGGGCCGGUUUAAUUGUUGACUCUCAAAAGAGCAUUAAAACUCUCAUAAACCACUUUUUGAAGUUUAUCCUAUGUGCAUGUUUUACGGCUUCUGUUUUCAUAACUGCUGACACCUUCUAUUUUACCUCCGUGAUCUUAGACAACCUCUACAGCACUAACAAGAGCAGCCUAAUUGAUGCAAUGGUUCAACUACAUGACAAAAUGGUAGUAACCCCCUUCAAUUUUCUCAGCUAUAAUCUUAAUCCUCAUAAUCUUGCACUGCAUGGAACUCACCCACGAGUUACACAUUUUACAGUCAAUGGAGUAAUGCUAUUUGGGAUCUUACAUAUUCUGGCCAUCAGUGCUGGCUUUAAAAUGCUUAAGAAAUAUGUCCAUCAGUUAAUGCUGGUCAGAUGGUGUUACCAUAGGCCACCUGGGCUGUUGGUGCAUUCCGAGGGCAGUCCAACAUUGCUGCUGUUUUAUUUUGUUCCUCUGGCAUUUCUCUCCCUGUUCAGUCACCAGGAGCCUCGGUUUCUCAUCCCUCUCAUCCUGCCGUUGGUCCUGUUCAGCGCGUCACCAAACAGAGCUAUGAAAUGGAAACUCCUCAUUGUUCUGUUCAACCUUCUGGGAGCACUUCUGUUUGGGUGCUUGCACCAGGGAGGGCUCAUUCCCUGUUUGUUUCACUUGGAGCAGCUCAUCCAUUCUCCAGCGUCCUCAAGCCAUCCACGGCAUUACACUCUGCUCUUUGCGCACACUUACAUGCCUCCGAGGUCUCUGCUCAAUAUCAAGAAGACAGACAUGCACGUGGAAGUCAUUGACAUGGCUGGGGCUGGAGAAGAAAGCCUCUGCCAGACAGUAGAGCAGAGAGCAAGCAAUUUUACCUACAGCGACUCUCAUAUCUUUAUUAUAAUCCCUGGUACAGUCAGAGCCACAAUUACAAAAUGUGAUGUCUCAUUCAAGAAUGAGACUUUGAUAUUUCCUCACUUAUCAAUGGAAGACCCACCACAAAUACCUGUCCUAUCCAGUGGAAAUUGGAGGAGUCAGUUAGGACUUUACAUCCUUGAGCUAAACAGAGAUCAUCAGAGCCUUUAGAUUUUAGGAGAACAAUGUUUUAGUCUUCAUUUGGGUGCUGAUGGUGGUGUAAGAUCUUCCUCUUUCAUACACCCCCCAUUUCAGCACCAGCAGUGGCACUGGGAGCUCUCCCAUGUCUACUCCCAUUCCUCAUGCUUUUAAGGUGGCCAGUUCUGGAUAGAACCUGCUUAAAAUUUGACUUACUCAGCCCUGCGGUGUUUCAUACGAACUUUUGUAAUUUUCCUGAUGAGAGAGCUGUGAUUGAAGCUUAGCUGUUUCCAUGUGAGAUUUAUUUUUGAAAGCUCUUAGAAUCUCUGACAGGGUUUGGGGACUGUGGGGUGUUUACUGAUAAUAGGCAUUAAUUCAGCUGCUGGAGAGAGGUUACAGGGUUAAACAAAAGCCGGUCUCUCAGUAAUCUUUUCUUAAAAAUUCCUUAGACCAGUCUGCAGUCACAGUAUUGUACCACUGCCUUGGGUGGGUCCGUCUUGAAAAAUCCCCAGCACUGAUCUGGCAGAAUCUGAUUAGAACAUGGAGGAUGCUUCAGCCUAAGUACUUGUGCUAAAUCCUAAAAUCCAAGCUUUGCUUGUUUAGCCUUCCUUGCCACAGUUCCAUCCUCGUGAACGUGCUUCCCACGUACCGCCCCAUAUCGGGAGGGCAGCACUGUGAUGGCAUUAAGCGUGCGCGGUGUUCCGCGGCCGCGGCUCAGGCACUGCUUCCCUUGCGCGCUCCUGCUGCUCAUCUCAAGGAGCUGCACAGACAGAAAGUGGCUAACUGGGAGGGAUUUGAUCCUUUGUUCCACUGGAGAAAGACCUCUGAAGGGGCUCAGCCCAGAGAUCCCCCGGUUGUGCUGCCGUGGAGGGAAGGCAGCCUCGAGGGAGGAGCUGCAUCAUCUGCAUCCCCUCCCCAUGCACUAACUGCUCCCUAUUAAAUCAGCACAGUGGGAAUGACAGCUCCUAUCCUGGCAUUCCACUGGAGAGCAGUCUCUUUUUAAACUGGACACCAACGACUGGGCUUCAGCUGACAAUGAUGUAUAUGCUCAAUAGCACAGUAUGACCUACAAUCUUUGGUUUUGCCUACAGGAACUUCUGGAUACUGAUGUGGCACGUGCAUUGUAGAUCAAGCCUCUCUGAAACAAAUCUGACACUUGAAUUAUUUCUGCUCACAAAGGUGGUAAUACUUCUGGCAGUUCUUCACCCACACAACCUUAUAUAAGGUCUUAAGAGCCAGGUCUUCAACAGUGACAGGAAUAAUACAGGUUGAUGCCAGGCUCUAAGGAGAAUCUAGGAAAAAGGAAUGUGUGAAUGAUUUGCCUGUAUUUUCCAAGCUAUAGGUAUGACCUAUAUGUUUAGGGAAUAUAGCUCUUGGUCUCUUGUAAACCAUUUUGUCUUGUGUUCCCUGUAUGUUCAUCCCACAUCCUUCAUUCCUCACUGCUGGCCUGCCUGUGAAUUAAAGGUGUGUGUUUGGGGGAAGGCAAGGGGAGAGGAGGGACCUGUCUGUUUGUACUGCUGACUCACAAAGUUGUGUAACUAGUUGUGAAAGCAUUGUGGCAGCAAAUGUAUUUUCCAAGUUAAUUUUCUUUUUGCUCUCUUACACCGGGAUGACACAACUGUGUGCCACAGUUGGUACUCCACGUCCUGCUUCCCAUUUUCAACUCUCUCAACUUAAAUCUUGACCAUUAUUAUCGUAGAACUUAGGAAUUCUGGCAGUCUGAGAAGGGUACAUCUUGAAAUUCUUGGGGUUGUAAUGGAGCACAAUUCCCAUGGGAUGAUGGCUUGUCUACCACUGCACGAAUAACCUGCAGAGAGCCAGCAAGUGACUGAACUGCAGCUACAGUCUGUACCUGGACUACAAAUACCAGCUGAGAUUAACAAUAGACUGCUUUUGUCUUGCCAGCCAGACCUUUGACCUGUACAUGCCGUUUCUCCAUCCAUGCACACCUGUCUUUGUUGCUGGAGGUUUAAUUUUACCAGCAAUGCCGGAAACUAUCUCAGACAAAGUACAAGGUCCUUCUCACCUGGAAUAGUUCUUUUCAUCUUCUUCAUACAAGGAAUGGAACUGACCCUCCCCAGUUAACUGAGCCUCUACUCAGCUGGAUCAGACAGUGAAACAUGCUCUGAAGGAAGGUUGACUGCUCUAGUGUCACAGAUGUCAUCAGAUACAGCAUCUUAAGCAAACCUGCCCAAUGCAUUACACGUGAUGGAUGCAUCCUUUUCCACCUGGUAUCUGUAUUUCCAUUUAUAUGUAGGGUGGCUCUGUUGGUCACUUUUUCCCCUCUAAACCCUUAUUGCUACAACAGACUUGAGGUAUGCUUUUAGGAUAGCUACUUAAUCUCUUUUACAUUCCUGUAAGAUGUCCAUCAUCAUCAAUACUUAAAACCGUUUUUGUAACAAGACUGUAUCAAACAUAGAGUAUUACUCCUGUAUACACAGACAUUACAUUGUUACAGGUACUCCCGUGAGA